ACCACUGCCGAGUUCACUGCAGGUGAACUCUUGGGCUCACGAUUAACAGAUAAUCUGCAUCGAUCGUCAUCGAGUAGCCCACACAGGCAGAACUUCGCCCAACUGAAAUUGACUCACUGCAUGCAGCUGCCGUCAGAAGGCCUAUAGUUGGAACAGGACGCCGUCAGAAGACCUAUACUAUAGUUGGAACAGUGGUGAAAUCCAGCAAGAUCUUUUCAGCAAUCAUGCCUCUCCUUCGAGGCCGAAAGCUGCACUUCUUGCAUCGGGGCAGUUCCGCAGAUCGAGUAGAUAGUGUCCACGGGAUUGUGAUCGUUUGUACGGUGUUCACCGCUCACCUUCUGUGCAGCAUGAUGACGAGAUGUGCUGGUGUCCUGUACCUCAGCUGGAAGAAUGAAUUCGGCUCCAGUGCCUCACAGACAGGGGCCAUUGCUAGCAUCAUGUCAUCCUUCUCUUACUUUGCGGCUGUCUUGGCUGGAAUAGCCUGCAAUCGAUGGGGAUGUCGCACUACCUGGAUACUUGGAGGAUUCAUGAUGUUUGUAUCCUCGCUGCUCAGUUUUUGGGCAUUUCAACUAUAUCAGAUGUACAUCAUUGGUGCCUUCUUGGGUACGGGUGUAGCACUGUGCUUUAUAUCCUCCAGUAUCGCUGUAGCGCAAUAUUACAAGAAGUAUUACGCCAUAGCUAUGGGUUUCACGACUGCAGGUACAUCCUCGGGAAUGAUCGUGUUCCCGCCUCUGUUUCGCCUACUGCUUGAUACUUACGGAUGGAGGGGAACCAUGCUUAUUACGGCCGGACUAUCUGCAAACAUAUGUGUAGUUGGCGCCUUUUACCAUCCUCCCUAUACAGAAAGGCGGAGAAGGAUCAAACAACCUGAACCAGACGAGCAACUGCAAGUCAGCCAGACCGACAACGAAUCAAUUCGGAUGGAAAUACAUCCUAAGUCACAUGAGCAUGCCGGUAGACUUGACAAAAAGAAGGGCAGAUCUUUGCUGACACUCGCUUCAAGUCUGGCCUCAGAAUUAGGACUGAAUUUGGUGCGGAGGAGUUAUCGAUUUACUCUCUUCUGCUUGAUUGGCAUGCAAUUCAAUAUUGCGUAUUCAUGCUUCCUGGUAUUUCUGGUACCCCGGGCCCAGUUGUGUGGUAUUGACGAGCAGAAGGCACCAUUUCUACUCAGUCUGUUUGGAUUUUGCGGUCUGGGUGCACGGGUUGGCUCGGGCUUCUUCGUUAGCCGAAAGAUACCUGUUGAGGUGACAUACACAAUCUCUAUAAUUCUGAUUUGUGUUGCUGCAUUAUGUACUCAAGCCGAGACCUACGUAGCCUUCGCUGCGUCUGCCUGCAUUGUUGGCGUAGGGACCGGAGCUAACAAAGCAAUGUUCAUGGUAUUACUACGCAAGAUCGUUGGGUUGUCCAACAUGGCGUCAGGAUGCGGCAUAUCGUACAUGUUUGGCGGAAUUGGGGAUCUUUUAGGUCCAAUUUUUGCAGGUAUGCUGUACGACAAAACAGGAAACUUCACUGCUGUAUUCUACGUCUUGGCUGGUCUGGUCGCUGCUUCCGCCCUGCAAAUGUUGCUUUUGCCGUUGCUGGGGAAGAUUGAGCCGGGUCUUAAAGAGAAGGAAGACCAGCCAGCGGAGGUUUAGCUGUUCUCUGACCCAGUCUUCUGUCUAGUCUUCAGUUGCAUCAAGUACGUUGGCAAAUGCUGGCAACAGACUUAAACGUAGAUCUAGAAACUUUGUUCUGAAAUGCUAAGUUUUUUGCCUUUAUACGAAACUACUGAAAUCCAAACAAAAAGCAUUUAUACAAAUCAAGUUAAUGACUGAUUUGAAAAGAUCGGUUGAUUGAUCCGCCCACUGUGUAUCUGUAAGUCACGUAAUUGUAUGCCUUCAAAAUGUCAUUCUAAUUGAUGUUUUUUGUUCAAGUUGAAAUGCACGUAUAUGGCCCAUUUACCUAAAUAUAGUUCUUCGAAAUGUCAUUUGAAUGGGUGUUUCGAUGCCCUUUGGUUUUCCCGAUGGAAAUUACUAUAUUCAUGAGCAAAACUGAGAUAUCUUCUUUAGACGAAGCACCGGUCUUGCAACUGCCUGAGCAGAAGAAAAACAGUGUUUUCGUUUUGGAGGUGGUCGACUCCCUCUGUUUUGGUGUAGGAUAAGCACGAAGAAGGUUUUAUGUAAAAUGUGUCACAUUGAGCCACAUUUUUGGUUCAUUAUUAUUAUUAUUAUUAUUAUUUUGCAUAAAUUAGCCCGUAAGCUUGUAUAGUAAAGUGCCACGUAAUACAUGUACCAGCAACAGCUCAUAAGCUUCUUUAAAGAGAUGGUUCGGAAGCCUAACCAACGUACCGUGUUACCCAAGUAAUACUCUUGUUUACACUUUACUUGAAAUGAAAACCCUAUUUGUACUAGUGUGCUCCCAAAUAAUAUCAUAAUAAUAUUACAGCUUUUGAUACAUUUCUUCACAGUGUUAAAACGUAGGACACUCUUUAAUAACUUCCUUACACUGAAUCGGUGUAAUAUGCAACUUUCCAAGUUAUGAGGGCAAACUGUCAAUCAAGUUGCAAAAGCCCGUUCGACUGGAGUUCGAGCAGGGAUCGUUUUCACAUUGCUGUGCAAGUGACGUCAAGACUAACUAGUAAUUGGAAAAUCGUGUUUGAUCGAACUUGCUCCUUCAGAUAAAUCUGCCUUUGUGCUGUCGUAAGAGUUUCUUGUGAAGAAAAGUUUUGCUAUUAAGUUGUUUGCUUGAAUCUUACAUUGUAUGUGAGCUGAUAUUGUAACAUAUUAUUUCAGAAAAUCUUAAUUCUGUUUCUGGAACCGUAAAGAAUAAUAACAUGAAAUGCACGUGUUUUGAUGGGGCGAUAUUUUCAUUGUUUUCCCGAAGAACCAAAUGUCCGAAGCAGACAAGUACAAUUUUUUUUGUACUAUCACUAUCAAUGGUGAAACAAGGGUAUUUCAAUGGAAAAGGGCAGUCUUUAGAAAAUAUUGGGGGGGGGGGUGGUAAAUACGCCUAUAUAUGCUAAAAGUAAAAAGGUCUUGCGGCGAGCGUCCGGAAACCUCAAGUAUGGAACGCCAAAGUGGCCUUCGACAGUUCGAUGGAAUGAUGAGUUUGCCGAAUGAAAUGAAGAGUGUGCCGAAUGGAAUGAUGAGUCUGACGAUCGAAUGAAGAGUCUGAUGAAUGGAGUGAUAUAUUGAAGGCAGCUUUGGUGUUCCAUAUUCGCGCGGCUCGGCUAUGGGCAUUUCACAUGGGGUUGCCCUUUCUCUUGCUAUAUUUUUUGGGCAAGAUGAUUUCUAGCCGUAACCACCUAAAGAAACAUUCAUGGUGGAAUUUUAUCUUGUAUUCUUCAAACAAAAAAUAUGAAAAUGUACAUGGGGAUGGGUGAAACGAAUUUUAUUUACGACCUUUCACAUCCUAAAUUGUUCGUUCCUAGGUCUCAUGAGAACGAGAAUGUAUAUAUCGUUGCCAAGAUUGAUACCUAUAUAUACCAACAGCGGGAUGGGUUCUAGAUUUAGCUGAGCUGGCUUGAGCAGAUCGUGGGUGCACCUUUCCAUGAUCAAUUUGAGAUCUGUUUCGUAACUACUCAUGAGUUCUAUAAGUAUAUGUUCACAUAACUCAGAAACCUAAGGCAUCGUGGUCUUCUAUGUCAAUUUCAGUUUCCACCUAAUCACUACAAAUUUCAGAUGUUUCCAUCUACGUACACCGAUUCUUAUUCCUCCAUGGAUGGAGUAACGCACAAACUUUAAACUUGAAGUAGUCCGAGUUUGGGAACCAUGUACUUCAAUUUAAAGCUAUAACUUUGCGGUUAUUGUUUUUGCCUAAGGUGCACGCAUACAGCAGAUUGUUGCAACAUAUUAAUUGCCAUAUUCUUCCAGUGCAAAUCUGCCUUUUUUGAUUGAAAAUGUGUUCCCCCCCCCCCCCAAAAAAAAACAAAUCAACGAAGAAUACUAAAAAAUAGAUGCCUGCCAGUAUAGGCAUGAAAGGUUGUUGGCUUGUAAAUGAUGUGCUUAGGCAUUAACGUAUUUGUACAUGUAAAUGGAAUUCAUAAUUUCCGCGUCAGAAACGUCUAGCAAAAGAGAGAACAUUACGAUACGUUCAGCUAAACGGUUAGCUAAACGGUGCCCUUGGAUAAAAUUAGCAUGAAACUGUUUUUAUUGGGAUCCCCAAUUUCAUACAAAACACAAAAAUGCCGAUCAUGUUCUGUAUACGCGUUACACGACGAAACGGCGUUACAAAAAAAAAUCUAAUGUCUGAUACUGUGUAAUAAAAGCAAUUAUCAUCUCCCACUCGAUCAGAAACAUACGCCCUCAGUAACACUAACAAGUGAAACUAGAGCUAGUGUUUGUAACUGAGCAACCACAGAGCUGUUCCUAAAAUGUUAUUGAUUGUCUAUAAUUGACAGUGCAUGAUGGUUUAAUAAAUUAUCGAAAAAAAAAAAAACCAGACACUUUAUGUAUUGUCAAAACUAAACUUCGGG